AACGAAAAAUAAAUAACAGAUAUACUCCUUACAUUAGUUCAGGCUUGAACGAAAGGAGUAUACAAGAUCAUUUGGAAAUGGCAGAGGAUGUAUGCAAGCAUUACAUUCCAAAACCUGCAGUGAGUUUUCAUCUCUGGAACCGGCUUUCAAAAGCAGACUGGGUUGCUCUUCGAAAGAAGAAUACUGGAAUCAAAUUUAGGGAUGGGAACGAGAGACUGGUUGUAAAAUAUUGCACCGAAUAUCUUGAUAAAUUUCCUUCAAGUUAUUCGACUUUGUGCAUAAGAGCCGAAACUUUUGGUGAAUUAAAAAGAUAUGAAGAAGCUCUUAAUGAUUUAAAUCAUGCGAUUAUGAUUAAGCAUCAUAAGCCAACUGCAUGGUGUUUACGUGGAAUUAUAAAAGGCUUAAAUAAAUCUUAUAUGGAAGCAGUAGAAGAUUUAAAUCAUGCAUUAUAUAGAUUCAUGGAAGCAACUGAGGAUAUUAAAAAAGCAUUUGAUUUCGAAAAUAUCAAUAAAGCUCUUGCAUAUGGAAUUCGUGGAGAACUUAAUUUGGAUCGUGAAGAAUUCCAAGAUGCCAUCAAUGAUUUGAAUAAGGCAUUGAAAUUACAACCUAACAAUGCAAAGGCUCUUAAAAAUCGCUGUGAAUGCCAUAAAGUAUUAAUGGAUCCAGAGAACGCACUCAAAGAUCUGGAUGAACUAUGCAAUCUAGAACCUGAAAACGAAUACCAAUUUGAAUUAAGAGGUGCAAUCUUACUAGAUAUGCAAAAAUGGAACGAUUCGCUAAUAAAUCUUAAUCAAGCGAUCAAAUCACAGCCCAAUAAUGUUGCAACAAUUAGUAAUAGGGCCAAAUUAUAUUGUAAAUUUCGUCAAUAUGGUUUGGCGCUAAAGGAUACUCAUGAAGGAACGAUAAUCGAUCCAAGAAAUCUGGUUAUCCGACAACAAACAAUGGACCUCUAUCGUCGAAAUCACCAAUACGGUGCGGCACUUGGUGAAGCUGAAGUCGCAUUAAGUAUAGAUCCCAAAAAUAUAAACACAUUAUUAAUAAGGGCCGAUAUAUAUUUCUUGAUGAGAAAAUAUGAUACCUCACUUAUGGACUUAAAUGAGGCAAUUAGAAUUGCACCUAGAAAUUCUUUUGUCUUGAUUGCACAAAGUGAAUUAUUUUGCAAGAAAAAAUAUUACAUAGGUGCUUUAAAUUAUGUGCAAUGUGCUCUUAGAAUAAAAUCAGCGAAUCAUUAUGCCUUGGAAGUCCGUGGGAAUAUCUAUAGAAAGCAACGUGAAUACGAGAAAGCACUCGUUGAUUUUAAUAAAUCAUUAGAAUUAUGUCCUUCAGAUAUGAUUCUUGAACAUAAUCAAAAUCAAGGGGAUGAUAUAAUUGAAGGAAGCAACGAUGGAGGUGGCAAAGAUGGCAUAAAUGAAGAUGAUAAAGAUGGCGGUGGUGGUAAAGUUGGCAUUAAUGAAAGUGGUAAAGAUGGAGUUUGUAGAAACAAUGUUGGUAUUUAUUAUCGACGAGGUGAUACAUAUUGUAAAUUAGGCAUGUAUGAAUUAGCACUUGAAGAUUUUAAUCGUGCAUUAGAAUUAGCAAAUGGAUAUUUUCCUAUCCACAAGAAACGAGCAUAUGUGCUAAGCAAAUUAGAAAGAUUAGAUGAUACCCCGAUUAUGACAAAUGAUAUAUAA